AUGAAGAGGAACAACUUUACGCACAGCACAUCUGCUACCACAAUGAAGAUAAUUCUACUCGUUAUGGUAUUUUCCCUCGUUUUGGCAACUGUCCUCUGCCAAAAAAUCCAUUUUGAUGACAGUUGGAGAGAAGACAAUGAAACGGUAGGAUACUUCUCUAAAAAAAAUGUGUUUUAAAUUUUUGACAAUGGCCUAUAGUGUCAUUGUCGAUAUUAAGAUAAAUGUUUCAGCACUGUCCUGUACAUUCGGAAAUGUGGACUAUUUAAGAAGAUGCCACAAGCAGUGAUAGGCUUCAUAAUAAGCAUCUCAUGAUUAGCCUAGGCUACUAUCAAAUGAAUAAGCUAAAUUGUGUAUUUUAUUAUUCAGAGCAAAUGGCCACAAUCUGAGCCAUAUAAAGAAAUCCUGAAAAUAAUGACUCGAAAACCUGAGUCACGCCAAUUCUUUGGUCUUAUGGGGAAAAUAGGUUCUGGUAGGCUAACUACUUUCUAGUAAUAAUUCAAUAUUUUAAAGGAUAUACAUUCUAUUUCUAUAAAAGCUAAUCUGUAUUUUUGCUUUGUCCCUUCCACUCUUUGCAGCGAAAUCCCAGGUAACAAGA